AUGGUUAGCCUGACAAGGAUUUGGAGGGUGAUACAUUUGGUGGCAGAAUCAGUGAUAGGGAACAAGGAAUCUGUGUACUCUUUACAGGUGCAUGGGAAUGUUAACAAGGACACUGUAACAUCCCAAAUAUGUGGGUACUGUGUCCGUGUUGGUGCCCACUGUUCCAACAGAACGUGCUCGGGAAUGAACGCCACCUCCAGCAAGCGGAGUGUCUGCGCUGUCCUCUGCGUUACUCGCGGCUGCUGCUCCUUAUACUUCCCUUACUUAGUAAAACAAUGUGAACGUCACCCACAUUUGAUUUUGGCUUGGGCUACCCAGCAGUCUACCCCGCCCCCCCAGCCCUCGCACCCGGUCAUAGGAAGAGGCUGCUAUGCAGACGCAGCGAGCGCAGACUGGAGGCUUCAAAAGCUGACAAAGCAUCCCGAGGCUGGGGCUGAGCUGGAUCUCCAGGGCUUUACCAGGAUAACGAGGAGUCUUCAAGACUACAAGCAGCAUAAAGUGGGCAAUAUGAAGAAUCUUCUUUUGCUCAGAUGGGUCACGGUUUCCUGUAGAGUGUGGCCACCUUUAAAAGAAGAAGAAGAAGAAGAAGAAGAAGAAAAAAACCCUUGUAUUUCCAAAGUCUCUUUCCGCAGUGUUUAUAAAAUGGUCCAAUUAGAUGUGAGCGCAAGUCUGCUUGGUGGAACUUGCAGGGAAAAGUGUUUUGCUGGUGAAAAAGAACUCAUACGGCUGCCAUGAGUCUCUAAUCCGUUUUCAGCCGUCUUCAUGGCUGAAAUUCCGACAAAAUGGACAGAGGUG